UUUCACAUAACACAAAUCCUUAGCCAUAAGCUCAUUUGAGUUUGGAAUAAAACCUGAAAAACUCGAUACAACAACUCUACAUAGUUACGCAGAAUUCCACCAGAAAGGGAAUACCAUGUCAGGGACCAUCCACAUUUAGGAUUAUACAAAAGAGACGUUGUUGUUGUUCCAUUUUAUGUAUCGAUCAACGUUAACGGCAGAAGCAAUAGAAGAAAAGCUACAUAUGAAGCAUGUCUUUCCCUCGUUCCAUCCCGACCACGUCAUCAACUCCCGAAUCUUCUUCACUUGAUUCAUUCCGUUACCACAGCAACACCGUCGUAAUGACCCCAAAACCACAACGCUUCAAGCGAGUAGCCAAACCCCCAACCACCCCGCCACGUAAAACGCGGCGUUCCAUAUUACCCAACCCAUCAUCUUCAUCAGAACCGCACAUUUCAUUCGAAAAUACAAAACCUUUGCCUCGCGAGUUCUUUCAAAUCGACGCACUAGACCUUGCCCCUCGUUUGCUUGGGAAGUUUCUCCGUAGAGACGACGUUGUUCUUCAGAUUACCGAGGUUGAAGCAUAUAGAUCAAAUGACUCAGCUAGUCAUGGUCGGUUUGGUAUUACUCCAAGAACUGCUCCCGUUUUUGGACCGGGUGGGCAUGCAUAUGUUUAUCUUUGCUACGGUCUCCACACAAUGCUGAAUGUUGUUGCUGAUAAGGAAGGAGUUGGAGCUGGUGUUUUGAUACGUUCUUGUGCCCCCAUUUGCGGAUUGGAUGUUAUUCAGCAGCGCCGAGGUCAAAAAACUGACAAACCUAUACUUCUUACAGGCCCUGGGAAGGUUGGUCAGGCACUAGGCCUUUCAACAGAAUGGUCCAAUCAUCCACUAUAUACCCCUGGUGGUGUAGAACUCUUAGACGGUCCAGAGCCAGAAAACAUAUUGGUAGGUCCACGUGUUGGAAUCCAAUUCGCUCUGCCAGAGCAUGUUGAUGCACUGUGGAGAUUUGCCAUUGCAGAUUCUGCUUGGAUUAGUGCUCCAAGAAACACUCUCAGGCCACCCUUAUAGAGUAGAGUGGUAGUAGCUUGAGAGAGAGAAAGUAGUGGUUUGAUAAUAAUUAACAAGUUAAUGUGUGUGUGUAUACACCUUAGAAAAAGAUUAUAUAUGUGUCUUAUCACCUUUGAAUUUUGUAAGGAUGCGUCAUAUAUAAUAUAUAUACCUCGUGAUCUGAUUAGACCGAGAAAGUUUGUCGGAAAGGAAAGCAGCGUCCCGCAGCGAAUGUGAUUGGGGGGUAGUACCUGCAUGCACUCUGACGCUUAAGUCAGUAAGAGCGCAAUGAGAGUGAGAGGUCCUAGGAUUAGAGAUUGUAUACCCUGAUGUUGAGGGCGAUGAGGACAUAUAUACAUUAGGAUGAGCUGAUGAGGAGUUAAGAGCAGCCAUUACGAACGGCAUUAUUCCACGAGUAUUAGUCAGGUAGCUGUUGUGGGCAUUAAAGGCGUAGGACGUUACGAGUUUAAGGAGAUCCGGUAUGAUGAGACCUACUCCGUAUUUGGACUUGUUUGAAUGCGAUGAAAGUCAUGAGAUUCUUGGGCAUCUAGGUCUAAUCCGGAACACAUCAUAUGUCUUUUGCAAAUGUUAGAAUUACCGCAAAUAGAAUUACCAAAGAAAUUACACAUUGAAGUUUGCAUUUCUAAUAUUUUUCUAAGGUAAACUCGCAUGUCUUCUCUUAA